GCACCAUAGUGAGAGAAAGAGAGAGACCAGAAGCAGAAGAAGAAACAGGCGGGAACCCUUUUUUUUGGUUUCUUCCUUCACCCUUCUUCUCUUCGCCUUUCUCUCUCCUCCCCUCACUCCACCCAUGGACGGCGGCGAUGCUAUCCCAUCCCACUCUCCGGAGAUCUCCGCCGUCGAAACCGCUACCAAUGAGGACACCAUUCUCCAUUCACCUCCGCUAUCGGGGGAUGACGAUGACCACCGUCCUCCACCCGCCGCUUCUUCUGACAGUGACCUUCGCGCAAAGAUCGCCAAGCAGGUAGAAUAUUACUUCAGUGAUGAAAACUUGCCCAGUGACAAGUUUUUAUUGAAACAAGUGAAGAAAGACAAAGAAGGGUUUGUUUCCAUUUCGUUAAUUGGUUCUUUUAGGAAGAUGAAAAAGCUUACAAAAGACAGUUCAUCUAUCGUAGAUGCACUGAAGGAGUCCAGGCAGCUUAUUUUGAGUUCAGAUGGGAAGAAAGUAAAGCGACGGAAUCCUCUCCCAUCAAAUGAGGAUGCUGAGCUUUGUGUUGUUGUUGUAGCAAAUCUACCUGAAGACCACUCUGUGCAGAAUAUCCAGAAAAUUUGUGGCCGAGCUGGCAGCAUAAAGACGAUAUCAAUACAUGAUCCACAUGCUGCCGAAGAUUCAGCGAAGAGAAACAAGGCUGAGAAACUAGUCAAUGGCAAGAUGUAUGCACUUGUUGAAUAUGAUACAGUGGAGGCUGCUGAGAAAGCUGUGGUUACUCUGAAUGAUGAAAUGGAUUGGCGAAAUGGCUUGCGGGUUCAACUUCUUCAGAAGCAAAGGGGUAGUAGUUUAGGACGUAAGACCUGGAGAGAAUCUGAUUCUGAGAAGGGUGGCCGUGCUCAAAUGUCUGUUUCAGCAAAAGAUGAUAAUAACAAUCAUUCAAAUGAACAGCGUGAUGACGAGGAUGGGGAGCACAGGUCCAAAGAAGGAAAUGGACGGAAAGGUCGAAAUCGAUCAAAAGGGCAAAAAUAUCGUGGCAACAAUGGACUUGGACAUGGAAGGGCUAAUGUUGUUGAGUCCUCUAAUAAGCAACCUCCUGGUCCACGAAUGCCUGAUGGAACAAGAGGAUUUUCUAUGGGACGUGGUCAGCCACCAAUGUCCAGUCACUCCAAUUGAUGAUGGCAGCAAUCUGAAACACGGACAUGUCUCUGUAUUCAUAUAAGCUGAACUAUAAUACACAUUUCCUCCCUUGAGGAGAUAUUAUGAUGAUGAGCUUGAAUUUCUCUUGGAAUUGUGUGUGGGUGUGGUUGUGGGUUUGUGUUUGCGGAGUUGUUUCAUCAAUGAAAAGAUUUGUAUACACCGAGUGACUUGAUUUUUUUACCAUCCAACCCUAAAGGAGAGCCACUUGGAGUUCAUGGUUAAUGACACCUCGAUUUGGUAUAUUUAAUACUUCGAAAAAUUUGAACA